CACAAUUCACAAAACUACUUGGAUGGUAGUGCCGUUGCGAGUAGUAGAAAUUUGUGCGCGCUGCAGUCGCAUUCCCUCCAUUUUAUAUGACGAACACUUCAGCCAUCCACCAGGUUCAGGUCCACUCCCCUCUCCACCAGCUGCAAGAACUCGCCACGCGAGUCCAGUGAUCCUCUCCGAUCGAUCAUGGCGGAGGAGGAGGACCUGGCGGACAUGCCGCGGGUGGUGGGCGUCCUCGCCGCGCUCCUGGAGCGCGUGACCGAGCGGAACGACGCGGCGGCGGCGGAGCUGGAGCUGGCGGUGGCGGGAGCUCCGGCGGCGUCGGCGUUCCGGGCGACGACGAAGCCCGACAUCACGGUGCGCGCGUACAUGGCGCGCAUCGCGCGGUUCGCGGGGUGCAGCCCGGCGUGCUACGUGGUCGCCUACAUCUACCUCGACCGCCUCCUCCGCCGCCGCCGGCGCGCGUGCGCGUUCUCCGUGGACUCGUACAGCGUGCACCGCCUCCUCAUCACCGCCGUGCUCGCCGCCGUCAAGUUCAUGGACGACAUAUGCUACAACAACGCCUACUUCGCCAAGGUCGGCGGCGUCAGCCUCCCGGAGAUGAACUACCUCGAGGUCGACUUCCUCUUCGGCGUCGGCUUCGACCUGAACGUGUCGCCGGAGACGUUCGGCCACUACUGCGCCGUGCUCCAGUCCGAGAUGCUCUGCCUGGAGCUGGAGCCGCCGCCUUCUCCUUCCCCUGCUCCGGCGGCAAGGCUGCAUUGCUUCCUGUCCGAGGACGACACAAGCAGCAGCGGCAGCACUCAGCAUCAGUUAGCUGCGUGAACAGUCGGUGAUCAGAUGCAGGGAUUGCUUCCAAGCAAGCAGGUGAGAAGCUGCAUUGCAAUGUACAGGCACGAUUGCUUGGAAGCAUCAAGCAAAGCAUUUGCUCCUAGCACAUAGUACUGUCACUACUGUGAUGUCUUGUUUGCUGUAAUGCUACUUAGAUGAUUAGAUCUUACUACUACGUAAGUAGUAGCUUGUUAGGUGAGGUGGUACAUAUGUAAUCGCUGUACUCUCACAGCGCCAUCGUUUUCUCCCUGCUGUACGUAGAUACCGGUGUUAAUUGUGCUUCCUUUUUUUUAUUUCUCUUUUCUUUUCCUCUGCUGUAGCAAAUUAGGUUUGGUGUGAUUCAUUCACCAUAAUGCAGAGGGGAAGAAAACGAUGUGAGAUGAUCAA